GCUAAUUGGCUCCCGCGCAGAAGUGGGAAGAGAGUCGCCUCCACCUCCUCACCUGCGCUCCGCCGUUGCGCGAACUCGUUCCGAAUGCGCGGAGGCGGGUUGGUGAUGCCUUGCACUGCACGGCACUCCUGAAUCCUGAUGCGCGAUCGGAUCCGAUGUCAUCGACGGCUGUCGCAAGAGUUAUGUAAUUCUGUAAUCAUGUCAACCUGUAGUGCUUGUUAACAUACUUCGCCUAAUCAGCGUAGCGGAUUCGGACUUGAACCACCAAACGUUGCUCACUGGCGGACGUAUCUGGUCACCUUCUUCGUGACAAUGCAGUCGGCAUUUCCCAGGUUUCCGGAGUAGCGUGGCGGGGUUGAGUCGAAGCGAGGCCCUCUCUCUGCCUUUCGGUCUAUCGGGAUCUCUCGCACCUCCUCCACAUCGCCUCCAUCUUCUCGAUUGAUGCGUGUCAUCCUUGAAAGCGCAGGGGCCAUUUUGCUGAUUACCCUUCUCUUUCUCUCUGUAUCGUUCCAAUUUUAACGGAUGUCCCGAAGGACAGCCUCCAUCUUCGCAUCUCAUCCGUCGUCGCGUUCUUAGAGCUUCUCAGUUCAUCAUCUUCUUUUUUUUUUUUUUUUUUUUUCCAAAAGUUCAUCAUCUUCUCGAUCUGCUGCGAGUUUCGUUCGCUGGCAAUUAGUUUUUUGUGCCAGCAAAUGCUUUCUUCUUCCUUUUCCCGCCCUUUGUGUAAGCAAACGUUUUCUUCUUCCUUUUCCCGCCCUUUGUGCCAGCAAAUGCGUUCUUCUUCCUUUUCCCGCCCUUUGUGCCAGCAAAUGCUUUCUUUUUCUUUUUCCUCCUUCCCGCCCGUCAGUUAGUUUCUGCCAGUGAAUGCUUGCCUCUUCCUUCCCGCCCAGUUUGUUGUUGACGGCCAGGAGGCGUUUUCGCGCCGUUUUCGCGCCGUUUUCGCGCCGUUUUCGCGCCGUUUUCGCGCCGUUUUCGCGCCGUUUUCGCGCCGUUUUCGCGCGAAAACGCCGUUUUCGCGCCGAUUGCUCGCACGGGGCCACAGGCACCAGGGGGAAGCCGCCACGUCAGCUUUCUCCCAUCGAUCAUCCGCGGAGAAGGUCGCAUCGCUUCCCGCCGUGUUCUUCUCUCUCUGCUUAUUCUCUGUCUUCCGUCGGUAUCCCGCCCGAGCAGUUCUUGCUGAUCGCGAUCUCUCUAUCCGCCUUGCUUGGGAUUCUUCAGACCUCUCUCUCUUGUCCAUGUCACGUUAAUUGGUUCUGACAGAGAGUCUGUCAGUUGCUUCUAGCAGCAGGUGGGCCGGGAUCGAGGAUAAGGAGGAAGAGCGGGGAGGGGAGGGAGAGGGGGGGAGAGAGGAGACGGGAGGAGAGAGAGGAGAGGGGAAGAGAGAGGAGUGGGAGAAGUGAGAGAAGUGGAGAAGAGAGAGGAGUGCUGGCGCUGGCGUUUGUUGUUGGUGGGUGGGGAGGCUGGGCGUGGUGGGCAGUGUGGUCUGGCUACCGGUAGGGUUAUCUCCUCCUCUGGAGGGGUUGGGGUUGGGUCAACGGCAGGGUAGAGGGGGAAGGGGAGGGGGAAGGGGGAGGACGGGGAGGGCGAAGGGGAAGAAGCACAAUGUUCCGCGCGAUGGCGCAGGGGCGGGCGGUGGUCGCCUCCGCCGCAGUUGCGGCCGCGGCGGCUACCUCUACCGCGUCUUCCCCCGCUCAGGCGGAAGCGCUCCAUGUGCACUCCCCCCCGCUGAUGGGUCCUUUGACCGGCGGGACGGUUAAGCUCCAGGCAGCGCGAGGAAUUUUUGGACCUCCGUCUCGCUCUUUUUCUCAAUUUACAUCCUUGGACAAUGAUUGGGAUAUGGUCGACGAUGAUGAAGAGGAGGGUAGCCGUCGUGGCACCGAAGCCAGGUACUCCCAACUUUUUGAGAAGGUUCCUGGGCAAGAAGAAGUGGAGGAAGCAACAAGGGAGUUAUGCGAGACUCUCAGAAGUGGGACGAUACUUGGGAGCAAUGGACUCUUUGCGGGUCCGUUUGCCGAAGAGGUGCAGGUGUCUGAGAGGGCGGAUUGGAACGAAGCAAGCCUUCCGUCUGGAUCCUCGAGCUCCGGCUCUGAAUAUGAAGUCACGACCAAUUCCGCAGGAAACAUUGAGCUGCAAGCUUUGCGUGGUGCAGAGAAGGAGCAGGAUGAGACUGGUGACGCAAAAGAAAGGAUGGACUCUGCGCCCUCUGGCGCGACCGAGGCGCAGGCCGCCCAAGAGAAUCCGCAAGUGAACGUACUAGAAAGCCGCCGUGGGUUGGCAACAUUAUCCGCGCGCUGGACGGGUGGCGCACCACAAUGGCCUGUGCCCCAGUUUGGUGGCGCAAGGGCUGUUGUCCAGGCAUUUGAGUUGUUUCGGAGCGACCCCGAAGUGCAGGACACUGUAGUUUCACUUGCGAGAGACCCUGCAGUUUGGGACGCAUUUCGGAAUAACCGGCAAAUGCAAGAGCUUCUUCGCCGGCGAGUGUCAAACAGGAUAGCAGCAAGUGAUCGGCCAGUCGUGGAGGAGAGAGGCGAGCCUCGGGCGCCAAGCAGCGCACCACAGAAUGACAAUCCGUUUGUUGUUGCGUAUGAUCAUGUGAAGAACAUGUUGUCCCAUCUAAUGGGAUCGUUUGUGGAUGCGCUGGGCAGCAUUGUUACGCGUAUGGAGCGGGUGAUGUUUGGCGAGAAUGACAACACGGAGAGUGGAAGGAAUAGCGUUCUUGAAACAACCAUGCGCUCAUGCGUUGUUGUUACGAUCGUUGUUCUGGCUGUCGUAGUCCUUCGACGCCCUGUGAUAGGGUGAGAAGGAUGGAUGAGGUAGGUGCCCAUGUCGUGGAACUUGCAGGACUUGAGAUAUGGUUUACACGUUUUUGAAAGAGCGGUGUGCUCUCACCGUCCUUAUUCAACUAAACAAGAGAAAGUGUCGAUGAACCGACCAUGUGUGAGCAAACCGAACCGAAUCAAACCACCUACAUCUAUAACCAACGGUGUGUCAGCAUUGGCGCCGCCAUUCUUCCAAGAGUAUAUAGUCCUGCAAUGUGGCUUAAAAGGGAUUGGAGGCAGGCGGUGCCUAUGUAGGACUAGAAGAAAAGAGGUGUGCUCUCUGACAUUUGCAACACCUAAGAGAGACAAAAACUGUGAAAUCUUAUUAGGUAUAAUGGUGUGAUAUGCAGUAGAAGGUUAAGGAGAAUGGUCAUGUCGCGUCCCUUGGAGCAUGCAAGAGAGGGAAAGGGGGAAGAGGAGGAUUGACGAGUUCUUUUGCCUUGAGCCGUAUACGUGGUUGGGAGACACGGGGGAGGGAGGAAUGAAAGCGCCUCACGACAAAAAGUUGUUGGAGUUAUAGAGUGGAGAGAUUAAGUGAGUGUGAGAAUGGAAACAUACAGGACAGUGAUGAUGAUGAUAGGCAGGUUUGGUGGAUCAGGGUGCUUGCUGAGUGUUGGGAUGCACAUACGGAACAUGGAACGCAGAGAUCGGCGGUCUCAGUGAAAAAAUGGAACUCAUUGAAUGUGAUUAUGUGAUCAAUGGAAGUGUUUUUCUUCUGCACGCGUGGAAGUAUAUCAUUUGCUGGCUCCAGGGAAGAAAAGGUGGACAAGGUGAGAGUAUAUGGUAAUGGCAGUAAUGCAAAUCGUUGGUCUUCUCAAGACGGGAAGAUGGAAAGCUCGAAAGAUGGUGGCGCUAACUUAGCUUCCAACCGUCAAACGUGGACAAGUGUCAAGUACGCACUAUCACAGCGUGUGCUUGAUAUCAAUGCUCUGUUUGGGCGAAGGAAGUUGUGUGAGAUGGUGGCCCUGUCUGUCCGCUUGGCAUCCAAAACGCCAUGCAAGUUGAUCAGAAUCCCCUGUUAGCAUACUUUGGUCACGAUGUGAGUAAAUGUGAGGCACAGUUUAGCUUACUUCGAUUGCCAUGUGGUUAAAUGUGAGGCAGAGGAUAGCUUACUUAGAGUACCACGUGCGUAAAUGUGAGGCACCGACAUACACACAUUCACAGAAAGGAGAGGAGGACGAUUGAGGGAUUGCUAUUGAUUACUGUAAUCCUUGGAAGGAAGGGAAAAUGAAUGGCAAGGAGGGGUUAUGUGUUGGGGGGGGCUGAUUGAUGUGAGCAGCUUCUCAGUGCUCACAUAGGUGCUGGACCUGAUCCACUUUUUUCGAAGCCCAGAGUUUGAAAUAUUCAGCCUUGAAGUUUGAAGUGACCACAGAGCUGCAAUCAGCGACGUAACGUGCAGAAAAGCGGCAGAAGUAAUUUCCUCUUUGUCGGGGCCGAGGAGGCUAACAUAACGUGCAGAAGCGGCAGAAGUAAUUUCCUGUUUGUCGGGACGGAGGAGAGGACUUGAGCUCCGGAAAUUGUGGACUGUGUUUUUGAAGGAGCUUGCUUUGUUAUUCAUUUCCUGUUUUUCUUUGGGAAGUUGGUGGAUGGAAAACGACGGCGGGAGAUUUUAUCAGAUAAUUUUGAAGAUCUUUUCAAGGAUUUUCGGAAGAUUUUCUUUCUUGCUAUUCAGGACGAUGGCCGUGUUUUUUUAGAGUGCGCUUCCAACAAAAAAAAACUUCAAAAGAAACUCUUAGAAAGCAUAUCGAAUUUGUCGAACGAGUGAAUGAUGCAUCGAACUAGAGGUGCAAUUGUGCCACAACUGCUGCAUAGCACAUCGGAAGAGGACAAGACAAAGUCGCGGCUCCAUACGUGAGAGUGAGAGACCGUUGGUCGAAAUUGGGCAGAUCGCCAAAGGUCGGGAAGUGUUGGCGGAUGAAGGGUAGGAUCAUCAUCUAAACCUCUGUGCCAAGCAGUAGCAACGGCGGGGACUAUGUCCCUGGACCGGGGGGAGGACUCGGGGCAGAGAGGGUCAAUUAGGAAUUCACUGUUCAGGGAGUCGUCUGAUUUCAACACCGACUCACAAGAGUUUAGUUAGUUGCAUCUGGUCUCAAAUUUCAAUGCUUUGUGAAAGCUGAAGAUAGAAAUUGGAAUCUUGGGGAAUCAACCAGUCUAAAGACAGGACACACUUCUUUUGAUUUUUUGUUUCUUUGUUGGAGGAAGAAAACAAAACUGUUAAAUUGCCAAGGGUUUGGGGGUGGGGUGGGGUGGGGGGGGGGGGGGGGGGGGGGGGGGUGUGCUGUGGGAGGAGAUCAAUCUGAUUCCUAUUACACCUGUCAGUCAUGGGAAAUGGGGCAUUUAGGGGGAAAAGAGAAGUAGAAAAGCAGCAGCAGAUAUGACUGUAGUUCGGAUGAGGCAGAGAGAGAACGAUGCGAGGCUGUGAGCUACGAGUUCCAAAGGAGGUAACCCUCUCUCUCUCUCUCUCUCUCUCUCUCUCUCUCUCUCUCUCUCUCUCUCUCUCNCUCUCUCUCUCUCUCUCUCUCUCUCUCUCUCUCUCUCUCUCUCUCUCUCUCUCUCUCUCUCUCUCUCUCCCCCACCCCCCCUCUAGAUCGUCGCUGCCAAAACUUUGCAGCCCAUACAAAAUGAAGAAAGGAAGCGGUGAUUUGAAUGAGAAACUGACUGCGCACAAUGACGCAGGACAACGUUGCUGAAGCAGAGGUAGUGUUUGUUGUCUGAGAGACGUGUACGCAUUCGUUUGCGCGAUGAGCUCGUUUUAAGAAAAAAACGCUAGACUGCAUUCGGAUUCUGGAGGUGCCCAGAUGCAUUUUGAGUGCGAUUGUUGUUAUCGUUGUUAUGAUCAUCAUUCGUCAUCCUCAUCAUUCUUCAUCGUUCGUUAUGAUCAUCAUCAUUCGUCAUCAUUCGUCAUCAAACUCGUCACCAUCGUUUCAUCAUAUAAGCAUUCGCGUGAUUAAUUAACUCUGUCAUUAUCAAAUUCUCACUCUCAAUACUCGAGCAUUCACUGUUCUCUUCUCUGCGUGUUAGUCUUGACCAUCUCAGUGCCUAAUCAUACUUUCUGUGUCUUAUAUCUGACUGUAUUUACGGCCAGACGUUGAUGUAUCUGACCGCAAUUAUGCCCAUAAUGCGGUGAAUGAAUAUGUGCACCCGGA